AUGGAGAACUUCUCCCUGCUGACGAUCUCUGGGCCUCGUCUGCCCAGCUAUGCCAUGAAGAGCGUACGUGAGCUGCCAUCCCCCAGGAGCACGCCCAGUCUGCCAGUGGUGCCCGAGGGGGAGGGAAGCUGCCAAGGGGAGGGGGAAGGGCAAGGUGAGCCCAGACCAUGGCCUCCCUCCCCACAGCCUGCCCUCCACUGGGCCAGGGGCUCAUUCCAGCCUCUUCUCUUGGCAGCUUCUGUCCCCAGCGACGGCCAGAGCAGCGAACCCUUAGGGUGCAACUGCACCAUCUACCGGCCCUGGUUCUCCCCCUAUAGCUACUUCGUGUGCAUGGACGAGGUCAGCCAGCAGGAGGCCUGCAGCUUCCCAGACACGCUGGUGGCCAGCGCCAGGGACACCAGCCAGCCUGACGAGCUCCCGGAGAGCAUCUGCUCCUCCUCCUGCUCCCUGGAGAAGGCUCGCCCCACUGAGGGCACCAGGAGAGCCAGCCCCGGCGUGGAGGCCAGGGACUGCAUCACGUCCCAGGACAUCCUCAUGGCCUCCAAGUGGCAGCCGGCGCCACAGAAUGGCUACAAGUGCGUGGCCUGCUGCCGCGUCUUCCCUACCCUGCACUCGCUCAAGACCCACGUCAAGUGUGGCUUCAAGGAGGGCUUUAGCUGCCAGGUGUAUUACCACAGGCUCAAAGUGCUGUGGGAGAAGGAGUGCACGGCCCGGCCCAGCAACCGGCCGGCCUUUGGCAGCUGUAAAACACCUAAGUGA